CAUACCCUAAAAUGAAUAGAGUCAUCACAUAAGGUUUACGUGAAUUGACCAAACGUCAAACAAUCUACGUGAAUUUCCAGUGUGAAAAACUCGAUUUUAAAAAUGGCGAGCAGUGGCCCUCGAAGUUAUGAAAGUUUCCAUGUGUUCAACUGGACCGAGUGCCUGCGUGAGUCCGGAAGUUUACCCGCUCCUGCCGAAUGCUUCAAACAGGCCGUCGGUAUGAAGCUAGAGACACUGGAACCAUGUUAUGCGACUUCAAACUGCAUCGGUAGUGUUGUGGGAGUUCUUGGAUCUCGACUUCGGCUUCGGUUGGAUGGCAGUGACAACAAAAACAUUUCGGGAGGCUUGUCGAUUUGGGAUACCACGACGUUAUUAGUUGCUUUUUAAGCCAUUGGAAUUAUAUGACAAUUUUCUGAAAUAAAUGUUUUAUAUUUCAUGGCAUUUUUCAUUUCAUAGAUUUAUAUCAAAAUCUGGA